UGUUAGGUAUCAUGGAGGACAUUGGUGUAAACAACACUAGGUAGCGAAGAUAUCAUGAGUCUUCGGCAAGUCAUUUUGUUCACAAGAUUGAUUGAUUGAUUGACACAGAACAAGCAAUCACAAUGGUGAAGCAGACAAUUAAGAUCUUUGUCCGGAUAAAACCGAUGAAAUCAGGAAAAACAGGGAUUUAUGAGUUGGAUGAAGAUGAAGAAGGAUUUCCUAGGCUGACUGCAGUUGUGCCUAAAGAACUAGCAUCUGGAUUCAUAAACAACAAAAGAGAGACAUACAAGUUUAGAUUUGACAAAUGCUUUGAUCAGCCUGCAUCACAAGAUGAGGUUUUUCAGCAUGUGGCACAGCCUGUCAUUGACAAUGUCUUGGCUGGCUACAAUGGAACAAUUUUUGCAUAUGGCCAGACUGGAAGUGGAAAGACAUUUACCAUUACAGGAGGAGCUGAACGUUACGUGGAUCGUGGGAUUAUUCCACGCUCUCUUUCUUAUAUUUUUAGCAAAAUGGAGAGCAGUCCAGGUUUGACAUAUACAUUCCAUAUUUCUUACUUGGAGAUCUACAAUGAGAAUGGGUAUGAUCUCCUUAACCCCAAGCAUGAAGCAGCCAAGCUGGAGGAUUUACCGAAGGUGACUCUUUUGGAAGAUUCUGAUCAGAAUAUCCAUUUGAAAAACCUCACUGUACAUCAAGCCAAUACAGAGGAAGAAGCUUUGAACCUUCUCUUUCUUGGAGACACAAACCGGAUGAUAGCAGAGACCCCGAUGAAUCAAGCAUCCUCUCGGUCCCACUGUAUUUUCACAAUACACAUCGUCUCCAGGGAAACAGGCUCUGCAACUAUUCGUCGUUCCAAGUUACAUUUAGUUGAUCUUGCAGGGUCAGAAAGAGUGUCGAAGACUGGAGUGAAUGGACAAAUUUUGACUGAAGCAAAGUACAUCAACCUUUCACUGCAUUACUUAGAACAAGUGAUUGUAGCCUUAUCAGAGAAGAACCGGCAGCAUGUACCAUACAGAAACUCCCUGAUGACGUCUGUGCUCAGGGACAGCCUAGGAGGAAACUGUAUGACCACAAUGAUAGCAACUUGUUCUAUGGAAAAAAAGAAUAUGGAUGAAUCCAUAUCAACCUGUCGAUUUGCUCAACGAGUGGCCAUGAUAAGAAAUGAUGUUAUGGUAAAUGAGGAACUAGAUCCAAAGCUUCUCAUAAUGAAACUGAGGCAAGAGAACAAGGAUCUGCGAGACCAGCUUGCCUUAGCAACUGGAGAACAGCUUCAAGAUGAACUUACUGAAGAUGAUAUCCAAUGGUGUGAGGAUGCAGUUCAGAGGUACUUGGAAGAUUCUGAUCCACAUUCUUACCUUUCUCUUGGUCCUGACCUGCGCAAGAUUCAAGCAUGCUUUAAAAUUAUGAAGAUGCGCAUCCUUCAACGACCAGCUCCUGUACAACCACAACCAAUUCCACAACCUGAAAGUACCCCUGAUGUUGGUCCAUAUAGCAAGACUGAGCUGAAAAAGCUCAAAGACCUGUUGCUCCAGAGAGACAAUGAAAUAAACAUUUUAGUAAACAUGUUGAAGAGAGAGAAAAAGCGAGCAGCAGAUGCGCAGGCUUCAAAAGAAGAAUUGGAUCUUAGGAGUGUAUCACAGAGUUCAGAGGCCAAUGGACAUAUUUCACACAGAACCAGUGAACUCCUUGGCAAGGGCGACUUUGAGGUACCGGAUAGAUCCAACAAUAAAAAAACAAGACAAGAAGUUCAUCCUGUGCUUGAGAAUAAUGAUUGCAUGAAAAACAAAAUCUUGGGACCCAUGUCAUUGGGACGGCAAGAAGCAUUUGAUAUCUUUAUGCGAGAUUACAGUCAAAACCAGCUUAUAGAGGAGAACAAGCAGGUCUUAAAACAGCGCUAUGGUCAAGCCAAGGCUCUUGGAGAAAAGCUUAAUGCAGCAAAACAGAGAAUUAACCAUCUGAAGGGGGAAGUAGAUCAACUCAGAACCCAAGUUGGUGUCAGUGAAGAGGAUUUAAGAAAAGCGGAACAGUCAUUGAGAGAAGAAAUGGAGAGUGAGAAAAUGAUUUACAAAGAAACGUUUGUAGAGCUUCGUACAAUGAAAACAGAGAUAGAGCAUUUGCAGCAUCUGCUGGAGAAGGCAAAGGUGAAACUCAUGAAGGACUUUGAACUCUGGUGGGCACAACAAACAACUGCCAUAAAUGAAACAGAAUCAAAAGCUGCCAUUCGUACAGCAUGGAAGACACCACCUUUAACCCCACCUAAUAGCAGUGUCUACAGCCAAAAAAGUUAUGGGGAAACUCAAUCUCUCCUCAGUGACACAGACUCUAAGUUGAGUCAGCAUCUGCACUCUGGACGACACAGUCAUACAAUGGCAGCCAAUUUCACUGGACAAAAGAUGGAGAGGGCGGACACACACUUACUGAACCAAGAAAAGCCAGAAGGACCAGGGGGCAUUCCUCUGACAGGAGAUCCACAGGUAGAUGCAGACAUUAUGGCAUUUGUGCGUGCAAGGCAAAAUAUUCUUCGCCAAGCUCAAGGAAAAAGGUGACAAGCAAGGAACUGUCAGAAGUUUGAAAUAUUAAGACAAGGGUAGGAGAAGAAUUUCAUACAAGCCCUGUGUAUGUGAUGGCCAGAUAGCUUUUUCCUGAUGCAUGUAUCUUCAGAUAUGUUGAUUUUUCUUAUUUAUUUUGUUACUUUACUGUAGAAACUUUGAUGAUUUAGAAAGCUGAGGGGCAUAAUCCCAAUUAUGUGGUCAGGCUUCAUUUUUAGGGGGGAACAGAACAAUUAUAAUUUGUUUAAUUGGAUGCUUAAAAUUUAAUGAUAGAAAUGUUUAAAGAAUUGAUAAAUGAGGUUGCAUGGUGGUCAGAAGGAACUUUUUGAUUGGGUUAAUGUCAACAUGACUGAAAGAAAACAAGAUUCUUCUAAUUUUUGUAAGUGCUCUCUCUGUUCCCAAUUCCGUAACUCCUCACUAUCUCGCAGUCUCAAAGCAACUCAUCCUUGUUUUGAUAUGCACUUGACUUAAGCAGAAAAUUUUAUUAGUCACUUGUCAUAAGAAGGGAAACUAAUAUGCAUACAGAUCAUAAUCUUCUAAUAUGUUCACAACACUACCAGAUAAGUCACUAUGUGGAUAUAGAAGAAUAUGGAAUUACUGUAAGUCAACUGAUCUUCACAAAAAGUGUCUUCAAACAUCUCUUUCAAAAAAGAAAAAAACCACUUGAUCAAAUAUGUAGUUAGCUAUAGAUGCUGCUUGUUAAAGAUUAUUACAUUAACCAUAUGGCUCAUAUUUCAUAAAAUAAGUAUUUUAAAAUGUACCUGCUAUGAAAAUUCAACAUACAUAUGUUAACAUUAUUACAUUUAUGUAAAAACAUGUAUUUUUUGUGAGUAAAUUAGUUUAUAUUUCACUGUUCAUUCUUUUGCAUUUAAAACCAUUUGUCAACAUCUUCCAUGUGAUAAUUGCAUUCACUUUUUGUGAAUACUUAUCUUGUAUAUUUAGGUACAUGAUUUUUAAAAGUAUGCUAAAGUAUUUUCACUAAAUUAAGAACAUAAUAAAUUUUUCAUCUAUAAUCACAUUAAAAAUGAAAGGUAGACACUGCAGAACCUUUUCUUUUUUGACAUGAAAUAUUUUAAUUAAAAGGUUUAAUGUGUAAAACUUUGUCUGAAGUGCAUAACAGUGUAAUUCAAAACUGCAUUAUGUUCAUUAACUUUAUGUAGCUGCCAAGACAAAUGUUCAGAAAAGCAUCGGAAAGCCAACUGCAGAUUAAUGACAUAACAGAUCGUGUGCAUUGAAAUGAGGCCGUCAGGACAUCCAUUUUAUCUGUAGUUUUGAAUAUUGUUGUGUAUGUUUGAGAGAGAGGAAUGUUUGUGCAUUGAUAAAAAGUGUAAAUAGAAAUUUUAAAUGCAUAAUGUCCGUUUUAAUAAAAAUAAAAAAAUGAAAAAU